AAAAUUUAUUCAAGACACAUCAUUCAAUCGGAAUCGAUUAUUUUGUAUUGAUAAAAAUUAAGUUUCACAUAAAAAUAAGAAAAUAAUAUAUUUUGAGUUUGUGGAAAAUAGUAAGGAAAAUAAUGAGCCAGCUCUCACGGAAUAAUAUCCAGGAAUUUUGUCGGACCUGCUUAAGUAGUCUGCAAAAGCGACGUAAGCGUGAGAGAGAAUUGACACCUAAUAGCUGUGCUAUGUUGAAGGUUAACGAUGAGGACACUCAAACUGAUACGGAAUCUAAUCAAAGUUAUAAUCUUCGGUUAAUGCCGCAAUUACGAAAACUGUUUGCUCUAUUUACCUCUCUGGACAUAUCGGAGGAUAGUGAAGACGACGUUUAUCCACGUAGUCUGUGUCAGUUGUGCUACGACAAAAUGAUAGAUUUCCAGGAGUUCCGUAAUUUAGCAAUUAAUUCAGCAGAAGUUUUAUAUAAAAUAGUAAAUAGCUUGGACGACGAAAUGACUAAAGUUGCUGGUGAGACGUCAAUAAAUAUAUCAACUGCGAAUAUAACGGAAAUAAAAAUGGAAAGUUAUACUUAUGAAAGCAGUUAUCAAAGUAUGGAAGAUGACGAUGACCAACUUUUAUUACCCGAGCUAGCACCUUUAAUGGAGAUUCCAAUUAAAACCGAACCGAAAGCGGAAGCAAUUUCUACUGAAGUAAUAUUGCCGAACGAUGAAAUUUCUGAAAAUUCAUCCAAUGCGUUUAUAAAGCAUGAAAUUGAUUCCGAAUAUGAAGAGGAAGAUAGUUCUCGCUUCUAUGAAAACAACGCCCUAAGCAGUUCCAAAAACUCACUUAGCGAUGAUGCGGAUGAUGAGGAGCAUGCUUUAAGGAAUGGUGCCGCUAAUACUUCAAGCAAUUCACCAGUAACUGUAGGGGGGCGACAACGUUUUUGUGGAAUGUCACGCAAACGGGAUCGGAAUAAGAAAUCAUUAAAAUGUCCGCGUUGUGACAAACAAGUGUAUAAAAAAGUGUACCUGGACGCACAUAUACGUGCGGUACAUGAAGGGCAUGAGAAACCAUUUCUUUGUUUGGAAUGUCAGAAAGAUUUCACACGCUACGAACAAUUACACACGCAUAUACAAUCAAAGCAUUUAAUAAAACAAAGUUUUAUAUGUGGUUUAAACGGUUGUGAUGCUGUAUUUAAAUUGAGCAAUACUUUGGAGACACAUCGACAAGUCGUACAUACUUCUUCGUUCUCAUAUGGACUUCAAGAUAUGCUGGAAUUUCAUCAAAGCCAACUUAAUGAAGAGAUAGAGAUAAAUAAUAUCUGUCAGCAUUGCUUCAAGAAAUACAGUUCAAAACGUGCACUUUCUGAGCAUUUGAAACGUCAUGCGCAAAUUAAGGAUCAUGUUUGUAAAGAAUGCGGUGUUGCUAAGGUAACACGUACGGAAUUGCUCACCCAUAUGCGUAUACAUAAACCGAAUGUGGAGAAGUUCAAGUGUACUAUAUGUCCACAAGAAUUUAAUCAUAAAAACGCCAUUUCAAGACAUGUACGUGUCGUUCAUGAGGGCCAACGUCGAUUUCCUUGUAGCUUCUGUCCAAAACGUUUUGGUACACGCAAUUCACAAGUUUGCCACGAACGCUUGCAUACUGGUGAACGACCAUUCAAUUGUGAGCUAUGUAAUAAACGUUAUGCUCAAGUUGAAGGUCUAAAGUCCCAUAUGAAAAGUCAUGAUAAAAAUUUACGAAAACAUGUUUGCUCUUUUUGCUCACAACGUUUUAUUACGAGAAGGAAUCUUUUGGAUCACGAAAAGCGCCAUCAAAGUGACAAGCCACAUAUAUGUAAUGCCUGUAGUCGUGGAUUCUUUUCUAUUGAAGAUCUCGGCGUACAUAAACAGUCACAUACAGAAGAAGAUUUAUAUAAGACCAUGGAAGGAGCUGACGAGAUUGAGUCCUAUCAGGAUGCUGGCGAUAGUUUUGGAGAACAAGCAGCGAAGCGCGAAUCUGUAAUUAAUGAGCAAAAUAGUCAGACUUAUCUGUGCUACAGUAGCUCACAGAGCAGUAACUAAUUUGAAUAUCCAUUGCAGGCAAUAGUAGUAACUUUUUCUUUACAAAUAUUGUUAUUAUCUAACGAAAGAUAUUUAUUACUUAAAGCAUACAUAAAUGUCUAUGUAUAUAUAUUUAAUACAUAUGUAUAUACUUCUUAAAUAUGCAAUGCAGGCAACGAAACGUAGAAAACAUCAAUAAUUAUUUAUGUACGACGAAUUACACACAUAUGUACACACAC